AUGGCAACGAAGCCUGGCGAGAAUUACUUGUGGCCAGAAGAGAUUCGCUUUGUUAUCAUCAUCUUCAGUUGCACAACUGUUGCAGGAUUCAGUAUGGCGGAAGAAGGGAGUAUGGCUUCACUUACUGAUGAUAUAAAUGCUUAUUCUUACUUCUAUCCCACAGAAUUGCCAUCAAAAAAGCUUGUCUUCAAGUGGUUACCUAGAAUUCAUGGAGAUAAAGGGUGGAGUCCAGAAAGCCAGAGCGAUAUUCAUCUGCUGCACCACUUUCUCAAUGCUUGGAUUAUUUUGUAUGAUUCUUACGGAGAACUUACUAGAUAUUGCUCCCAACAUGAUACAGCUGACGCACGUCUACGAAUUGUGUCUGAGCGAGUGGAUAUUAUUGAUAAUCUCGUUAUUUCUGUUUCGAUAGGUCCCCCCAAUACAGUAUUCUUGAAAUCAAAGGACAAGAGUACAUGGACUGCGAAGGAUGUUGCUGAUUCUGUUUUGUCAGACAAGUCUGCUUUGACAUUUAAGGACUUGUCUGUCAAGCAGAGUCUUAAUUGGGGCUACUUAGUUGUUUUUCCUCCACAUGCUGACCCCAAAAUCUCCUUGCGAAUCACCUCAAGUCAACGGAUGGCUGAGAGUUCAGUUCUUGAUGCACAUUCUUCUGAAAUUGAUGGUGAGCCAUAUUGGUAUUACGAAUACCUUGUUCGGAAAUCACCUACAAAAUCUGCUCAAGAACCAAACAUCUAUCGGCACUAUGUUUCUUCAACUGCUGAACGAGAUGAACUGUCAUCUGAAAGCCUUCAUUGCAGGGAUGAAGCCAUUGGUGGUCCUGGACUUUGGUCUGAACUUCAAUUGGUCCCUGAACUUUUAAAAUAG